AUGUUUAGGGACUUCAGAAAAGAUGGUCAUAACUGGAAGAAGAAAAAUGAUGGAAGGACUGUUAAAGAAGCUCACGAACAACUCAAAGUCGGUGACAAGGACAUGAUUCAUGUGUACUAUGCCCACGGUGAAGAUAACACUACCUUUGUUCGAAGGUGUUAUUGGUUACUAGAUAAGUAG